AUGAAGACGACGAAACGUACAAACAUCCGUCGACUUCCUCCUCUGAGACUGAGGACAGUGAGCCUGGUUGGGGGGGGAGCAGAGAACUGGGGUCACCUGUGGGGUCUCCGGCUGCCAAACGGCCCCUCGGCUGCUCUGAAUAAACACUUGGCGUGGCACUCGCAGGUCAAAGCCGGCGGUGGGAAGAAACCCUUCGCCUGCGAGCACUGCGGGAAGAGAUUCAGCCAGCAGAAGAUCCUGAAAACGCACGUGAAGGUGCACACGGGGGGGACGAUGUUUGGCUGCGAGCAGUGUGGGAAACGCUUCUGCCAGCCGUCCCAGCUGCGGGCGCACCGGACGGUCCACACCGGGGAGAGACCCUACGCCUGCAGCUGCUGCGGGAGAAAGUUCCGGCGCAACACGGACCUCACCGUCCACAUGAGGGGCCACACCGGGUCAGAGGUGUGGAUCUGA